AAUGAAAGAUACUUCAAAAACUAUAUUAUUCAUAUAUUUUAAUAUAUGUAUAAUUAAAUUUAUAAAAUUAUUUUUUAGGCCACUGAAAAAUGAAGAUUUUAAUUCGUUAUCUAAGGAGAUUGAAGAACUGUUUCCAACAGAAACAUGUUGCACUUACUAUGUGCCACCUAUAGCUAAGAAGUUUUCAAGAAAUAACAAAUCCAUAACGUCUCGUGGUAAACUUGUGGAUAAAUAUAAAAAUAAAAUACGGGAUUAUAGAAAACUAAUAGGACACAGUUUAACAGAAAGUAGUUCCACAUCGACUUCAACAUAUAACAGUGAAUUAGAAGAUGACUCUAUAAUUGGUGAAAGCAUAUUGUGGCUUCAGAAUAAUUUGUCACCAUGGGAAUUAGUUAAAAAUCAUUGGAAAAUAACUGAGGCAUAUAGACGGAAUCAAAUUCAAACGUCGCAAAAUAAAAGCAUAGCGGAAAUUUUCUCUCAGUGGCCAGUAUUAAAACAACCUGCAGCACAUGCUUUGAUCGAUGAAGAUUUUAAAUUUCUUAAUGUAACAUCAGAGGAUUGUAUUAAUGAUUGGUUUAAGUUUUUUUCCAAAAUUCAAGAUGUUUGUCAUCUUAAAGAGGACAAAGUAACAAAUGAAUUACAAUCUAUGAUUGAAACGGAUAAUCUAACAAAUGAUGCUAAAGUUAUAACACAAUUUCUAUUGUUGCCUCAUCUGAUACCUCCCAAAGGAAGAAUUCGCUUAAAACAAGAACACUACAAAUCAUCAAUAAGUGAAUGCAAAAAUAGCAUUGUAUUACAUGCAAAGGUACCUGGAGAUAUAAGUCGUAUUCAAGAUAAUAAAAUUAAAAGAGCAGAACGUCUAGGAUUGACAAUACAGCCGUAUAUAAUAGUUGUUGGCCCUAAUCUUAUAGAAAUUAAUGGAUUCUACGUUUGCAUUGAUAAGGUAUUGUAUCAAGUUUCAACGGCACUAAAAGCAGUUGAUUUAUGUUUCAAAACUUUCCAUGUAUUUGAUGUUAAUUAUCCGCCAGAAAGUGAACAUAUCUGGUAUAUCGUGCAGCUUUGUCUUUAUAAAAUUUCAACAAAGUAUGAUAAACAAAUUUCCUAUGUAAUGCCAAUUAUCAAUGCUUUUAAAACAGUUAAUUCUACGAAUGAUUAAUUAUUGUAAACAUAUGAAAGUGAUAUGUAAAAAAAUUUUUACUUCUAUUUUUUAUUAUUGUACUUUUGCCAUAACAUGUAUAAGUGUCCAUUUUGUGUUAAUAAUUCUCCGACAGUUAAAUUUCUUACAGCACAUUUAAAAUUGGCACAUAGUGCAUCAUCGUCUACUUUCGUAUGUAAGCAGCAAAAUUGCAUGCGUAGCUUUACAAAUAUAUAUUCAUUUAAGCGACAUUUAAUCCAAAAGCAUAAUCAAAAUAAUAAUUUGUAUGUUUCACCUGGAAACUUAUCUUAUGAUAACAUUUUAUGUCACGACAUUAUUAAAUCAAAUGAUAUUAAAGCAGAUCAGUUUGAAAUAUAUACUAAUUUUGAGGAAUUUUUAACGACGAAAACUUGUGAACAAUUAAUUACGGAUCCGUUAAUGACGUUAGAACAAUUUGAUGAUAUAGUCACAAAAAGGGCUGCUUUAUUUGUUUCAAAAUUAUAUUCUAAUGUAGUUUUAUCACGAACACUUGCACAUGAAAUAAUACAAUAUGUAGACGAUCUUUAUAAAUUAACUGUAGAAAUUAUUAAACGUCAAUAUGACUGUCAGAAGAAUAAACGGAAUGUACCAUCAAACGUAAAAGAUAUGUGUAUAAUUCUACAAAAUGCUUUUGCCGAAUUCAAAACCGAACAUAAAACAUUAGAGUACUUUAUACGACAUGGAUAUCUUAUUAUGCCACAAGCUUAUGAUAUUGCCAUUAUAUUACAUCCGAAGCGCAUACAAAUGCAUAGAAGUAUAGGUUUAGUUAAUCGAGUUUUACAAAUUGUUCCUUUAAAAUGUCUUUUAACGAAAUUUUUGCAGUUGCCAAAUGUUUUUCGCAUUAUAACGACCCAUAUGUGCGAAAAUAAAUGUAGCAACGUAUUAACUUCUAUUGUUCAUGGUGAAGUAUGGAAACAUAUUGAAAAGCAGUUUGCAGAAAAAUUAGUUUUGCCACUUUUACUAUAUUUCGACGAUUUUGAAAUAAAUAAUCCUCUUGGAUCCCAUGGUGGGAUACAUAAAAUUGGUGUUGUAUAUUGUACUAUUCCUAGUAUUCCACACGAAUAUUCAAGUAUUCUAGAAAAUAUCUUUUUGCUUCAAAUGCAUGAUACGAAAGAUCAUGUAGAGUUUGGAAACGAACGUAUAUUUUUUAAUCUAGUGAAUCAAAUCAAAGACUUAGAAACAAAUGGUUUAAUUAUAAAUGUAAAUAAUAAGCAGCAAAAAGUAUAUUUUGCUUUAGUGGGAAUUAUAGGAGAUAAUUUAGGGCUCCAUACAAUUUUUGGUUUUUCGAAAAGCUUCAAUUCGUCACAUUCAUGUAGAGCCUGUUUGGCUGAUAAAAGCAUUCUACAAAAUCAAAUAUUAGAAAGAACUGAAAUAUUAAGAACUCGUUUAAACUAUGCUGCUGAUUGUGCUACAAAGACUCAUGGUGUCCAAGAGGAAUGCAUUUUUAAUACAAUUUCCAGUUUUCAUGUCAUUGAAAAUAUAUGUUUUGAUGUUAUGCACGACAUUUAUGAAGGCAUCUGUCGAUAUGAAAUUCCAAAAAUUUUACAUAACUUUGUGUAUGUAGAAAAGUUAUUCUCUUUGCACACUUUAAAUGAUAGAAUACGAUUUUUUGAUUAUCCCAUUAGCAAUAACGAAAACAUUCCACCUAUUGUAACUAAAACAUCAUUAAAAAAUGAAUAUCUAUUGACUUCGGCAUCAGAAAUGUGUACUUUAGUUAAAUUUUUAGGUUUAAUUAUCGGUGAUUUAAUACCCGUUAAUAACAAAUUCUGGGAAUUGUAUAUAAUUCUAAGAGAAAUUAUAUGUAUUAUAGAGACACCAAUAUCAACAAGAGAAAUUUGCAAACUGCUCGAGACAUUAAUUUCAGAACAUCAUAAAUUAUAUUUACAUCUUUUUAAAGAAAAAUUAAAACCUAAACAUCAUUAUAUAAUACAUUAUCCUCGAACAAUAUUGAAAAUGGGUCCUUUGAAAUUUCUUUCUUGUAUGCGUUUCGAAGCUAAACAUAAACAAAUAAAACAAAACGCUAAGGUAGUAACAUCACGGCGAAAUCCUUCGUAUACUUUAACACUGAAGCAUCAAUUAGAAUUAACAUAUCGAUUGAUUAAAAAUAAGGGCUUCGAAAAUCGUUUUUCUCUUGGCAUUGUUCUAAAGGAUGCAGUGACACAGUUAGAUAAUUAUAACAAUUUUAAAAAUGCACUAUUUGAAGAUAUCAAGGAAAAUUAUUUUCCCGUAUCAUGGUUAAAUAUUAAUGGCAUUGUAUAUAAGCCUGGUAUGAUAAUAGAAAUAGACACAGAUGGCAUAUUUCGUUUCUUCGGUCAAAUUAAAUACAUUAUAAUAAAUACUGAUCAAUAUGUUUAUUAUAUUUAUCAAAAUGUAGAAACACUAAGAUUUUCGCAACAUAUACAUGCAUUUGAAGUUGCACGAACAGAAGUAUGGGGUUGCAUUGCCUAUACAAAAUUAAUUUCUUUGAUUCCUAAUUCUUUACAUGUUAUGGCAGAUGGUACUUAUUACGUUUCUUGUACGUAAUUUUUA